ACUCCUUAUCUCCAUGUUGUCUCCCUUUGUUACGGGCUUUGAGCCGGUUCGUGACAAAUAGCAAUACAAAAAUAAUUGUGAGAAUUGUGAGAAUCUCAAUACAUAUCGUAUCAGCACCUAUCGUGAUAAUAUCGUGAGGUUCCCGGCAAUUCUCAGCCCUAGUCACUGCAGGGAUGGGGCUUGUGAAGAUGUGUGUCUCUGUGAGAAGAGCUUCAUUAAAGGUGACUAAUUGUCUCAAGGGGGAACAGGGAGCUCCUUUCCUCGUCAGGCCCAGUUUGGACGCGGGGUGCCUAUAGUCACUGCUAUUUGGAACACAGCUGUAUCCUGUUUUUACUUGCUUCUCUCAUUUCAGUCCUGUUUGGCUUUGUUUUGGAAGCUCUUCUCAGAGGAAGAAAGGUUACUUGUGGAAUGUGGAAUGUAAUCUAUGUCACUCAAGUCAAGUGUGUUAGAUUUAGGGCAACAUUGAACCUCAGGCGAGAUCAAUGGCUGACCUAACCUGACAAGGUUGUUGUGUUUUUCUCUCCGGUGAACAGGCGAUACACACCAAUCCAAGCUUCUAUAACAAGCUGUCCUGUUUUCACUGCUGCAUAACUCUUAGAGAGUCAGCUCUAUAUAUUCCCAGGAACAACACAGCUUCAUACAAAGCAGCUUCUUAGCAGCACAAGAGGAAGAAAAGUCCCCAAAUACAAAGCCCAGACUCCAGAUGAUUGAAAUGGACUGUCAAGUUGAGCUGCCAUAUACCAACCACAGCAAACAGAUCCAUACAACAACUACAGUGGCAAGAAAAAGUGAGGAUCUGUUAAUUGAGCGGAGUGUCCGUAAAGGAAUGAUCAACCCUGGCGAUGACAGGCAGACUAUCCAACACAACGGUCCUACAGCCAACUUUGAGUAUAACAUCCGUGUGCGCUGUGACGAGAACUACUAUGGCAACAAGUGCAACAAGCAGUGCCGGCCACGCAAUGAUGACUAUGGCCACUACGUGUGUGACCAGUUUGGGAACAGAGGCUGUUUGGAGGGCUGGAUGGGGCCUUACUGUACAGCUGCUAUCUGCAAGCAGGGGUGUAACCUGCUGCAAGGAUUCUGCAAUGCCCCAGGAGAAUGCAUGUGUAAAUACGGUUGGCAGGGUCCGUUCUGUGACGACUGCCUGCCCUACCCAGGCUGUGUCCAUGGGACCUGCGUCAAGCCCUGGCUGUGCAGCUGUGAGAAGAACUGGGGAGGCCUGCUGUGUGACAAAGAUUUGAACUACUGUGGGACGAACAAGCCGUGUAAGAACGGAGGAACGUGUAUGAACUCAGAGCCAGAUGAAUACAACUGUGCCUGUUCUGACAGCUACUCGGGCAAGAACUGUGAGAUAGUGGAACACUCAUGUGUGUCCAACCCCUGUGCCAACGGGGGCACCUGCCAUGAGAUCCCGUCUGGGUUUGAGUGCCACUGUCCUGCAGGCUGGUCAGGGCCCACCUGCGCUAAAGACAUGGACGAGUGUGCGUCUAACCCCUGUGCUCAGGGUGGGACCUGCAUCGACAUGGAGAACGGAUUUGAGUGCCUCUGCCCCCCACAGUGGGCUGGGAAGACCUGCCAGAUAGACGCUAAUGAGUGUAUGGGGAACCCAUGCCUCAAUGCUUACUCUUGCAAAAACUUGAUUGGUGGAUAUCACUGUGCCUGCUUUCGAGGAUGGGCCGGCCAGAACUGUGACAUCAAUGUCAACAGCUGCCAUGGACUGUGUCAGAAUGGAGCGACUUGCAAGGAGGGGCGCAGAGGCUACGUGUGUGCCUGCUCACCGGGGUUUGUGGGCCGGCACUGUGAGGUCCAGAGGAACAGCUGUGUCAGCGGCCCGUGUAGAAACGGGGGCAGGUGCCACACCCUGCUGGACGGCUUCAUGUGUGAGUGCCCACAUGCAUACACUGGCACUACCUGUGAGGUGCAGAGUAACCCGUGCAGCCCUAACCCUUGCCAGAACAAGGCCCAGUGCCACAGUCUGAUGGAAGACUUCUACUGUGCCUGUCCUGAUGACUAUGAGGGCAAGACCUGCUCUGAGCUCAAGGACCACUGCAAGACCAAUCCCUGUGAAGUGAUUGACAGUUGUACUGUCGCUGUGGCCACCAACGACACACAGGAAGGGGUGUGGUACAUCUCGUCCAAUGUGUGCGGCCCCCACGGACGCUGCAUCAGUCAACCUGCUGGGAACUUCACCUGUUCCUGUGAACCGGGCUUCACUGGAACAUACUGUCACGAGAAUGUAAACGACUGUGUGUCGUCUCCCUGUAAGAACGGAGGAACUUGCAUCGACGGGAUCAGCUCUUUCCAGUGCUUUUGCCCUGACGGCUGGGAGGGCAUGCUGUGUGUCAUGGAUGUGAAUGAGUGCAGUAGGAACCCCUGUAAGAACGGAGGUCGCUGUGUGGACCUGGUCAAUGACUUCUACUGCCAAUGCCAGGACAACUGGAAGGGCAAGACCUGCCACUCACGUGAGAGCCAGUGUGACUCCAGUACCUGUAGUAAUGGGGGGACGUGCUUUGACCACGGGGACACCUUUCGCUGUACCUGUUUGUCAGGGUGGGGCGGCAGCACCUGCAACACAGGCAAGAACAGCACGUGUGACCCUAACCCAUGUGAGAACAGCGGGACCUGUGUCGGAGGGGGUGAUGCCUACACCUGCAUCUGCAAGGAUGGCUGGGAGGGGCCCACAUGUGCUCAGAAUACUAAUGACUGCAACCCUACCCCCUGCUAUAACAGUGGUGUCUGUGUGGAUGGUGUGAACUGGUUCCGCUGUGAGUGUGCCCCAGGAUUCGCCGGACCAGACUGCCGGAUCAACAUAGAUGAGUGCCAGACGUCUCCCUGUGCCUAUGGUUCUACCUGUGUGGAUGAGAUCAACAGCUUCCGCUGUGUGUGUCCCCUGGGCUGGGCUGGGCCUCGCUGCCAAGAGUUCAUAGGGAUCGGGAAGGCCUGUCGUUACUCCGGCCUGCAGUUCCCUCAUGGCAGUCAAUGGGAGGAGGAGUGUAAUACCUGCCAGUGUGUCAACGGCAGUGUGCGCUGUUCUAAGGUGCAGUGUGGCCGACGGCCCUGUCUGCUUCAUAGAGUUGCUUCCGGUCCAGACAGCAUUGCCCCCUGUCCUAGAGGACAGGAGUGUGUAGAGCACAAAUUCCUCACCUGCUUCGCCCCGCCAUGCCACCAGUGGGGCGUGUGUUCUACCCCUGACCCCCCACUGGCCCUCCACACUCAGUGUGAACCCAACUGUGGUUAUUUGGACAACAGCUGUGCCCGCAUCACCCUCAUCUUCAAUAGAGACAAAGUUCCACAGGGUACCAUUGUGGAGAACAUCUGUUUGGAGCUGAGGUACCUUCCCAUCACCCAGACCCUGGCUAAGGAACGUACGCUCCUCAUUCUCUGUGACCUGUCCUACUUCAACAGUGAUGCCGUGGAGGUUGCCAUGUCUUAUGAUCAGGAUGGUCAGGAGCGGGAUGGAAACCGUGAUCCGAUUCAGGAGGCUGCCAGUGCCAUCAUUGGUGCCCUGUCCAAACGACACAACAGCACUGUCAUGCUGGCUGUGGUGGAGGUCAAAGUGGAGACGCAGGUCAAGCCCCAGUCUGUGGACCACCUGGUGCCAGUGCUGUGCGUGGUGUUCAGUGUGCUGUGGAUCUUCUGCAUCGUGGUGUGUGUGUGGUGGACCCGUAAGAGGAAAAAAGAGCGUGAGAGAGAGUCUGCAGUGGAGGACAGCACUGUCAAUAACCUUCUGGAGCCGCUGAGGGUCAUCUUGCCACAGCGCAUAGACAACCUAGACAAAGACAUUCAGUACGAAUGCAAGAAACUCAUGAGCCCUCCAGACCGGACGUGUGACGGGGCUGAGGGAGAGGAGGAAGAGGAGCUGAGGAGGGGAGGGAUGAAGCUAGACAAGUGCUCCACACAAAAGUGCUCAUUGGCAGGAGUGCAGGACAGAGUGAUGUGCAAAGGGGGGGUGAUCUGUACGAUGCGUAGCGCCCCUGUGAAAACCCCCCACCGGACAGUGCACAGUCCCAAAGACAACCGGUGUAAAAACCUCAGCGCUGCCAACUUCAGUGAGAAUGUCAAAGAUCAUUAUGUAUGAGCACGGCUAGAGGUGGGACUUCUCAAACUAAAGAUGAUGUCUCUAUGUAAUAGAAAAAGACAAGCACCAAUAGUAAAGAUUUAAGACAUGUUUUGCAUUUCAUUUGACUUUAUUCUCUGUCUGCAACAUGGAGCCUUCUUAUUUACUUAAAACAUUGCAAAUUCACAUUUCAGUAACCAAAAGAGACCUUCAUUUUUUCCUUUCUUUUUUGGUUUACAAAUUGUUGAUUUUUUUAAAGGAGAGACCUUUUUUCACAUUGUGUCACUGAGAAGAUUGUGUAUCAUGUGACUUUGGCGAGAGCACUGCCAUUGGAGGCAGGCGUUGCACUACUACAUUACUACUAGUGCAUUUAGUUCUUAUCUGCCUUAACCCGCACUGUGGGCAUUUACUUUGUUCUCUUGGUAUAAUAAUGUCAUUUGUAUAAGUAAAAUGAUGUAAAAGGAUAUAUAUAUAUAUAUAUACACAUACACACUACCGGUCAAAAGUUUUAGAACAUCUACUCAUUCAAGGGUUUUUCUUUAUUUUUUACUAUUUUCUACAUUGUAGAAUAAU